UUCUGAUCUUUUUGCAUCAUAUACAAAACUAUAUUUGUAUCCUUCUGCAUCUGAUCUCAAUAUUACUUCAGUGGUCAUGGCAUCCAAAGCUAUCAUUUUCGGAUUUCUCAUUGUAACGUAUGCCGUUGCAGUUUUCGCUUCUGAUCCUAGUCAUCUUCAAGAUUUUUGCGUUGCUGAUCCAACCAAUACAGUGAAAGUGAAUGGAGUUGUGUGUAAAGAAUCCGAAGUUGUGACAGCGGAUGAUUUCUUCUUCAGUGGACUUCACAAAGUAGGAAACACAUCGAAUCCGGUUGGAUCUAAAGUGACCCCUGUGAAUGUGGUUCAGAUCCCUGGGCUUAACACUCUCGGCAUCUCAUUGGCACGUAUCGACUACGCACCAUUGGGUAUCAACCCACCUCACACUCACCCUCGUGCCACUGAGAUCUUGACUGUUCUCGAAGGAACUCUCCACGUUGGUUUUGUCACCUCCAACACCGAGAAUCGUCUAUUCACCAAGGUGCUUCAAAAGGGUGAUGUGUUUGUUUUUCCCGUUGGUCUCGUUCACUUCCAGCACAAUAUCGGACACGGACCCGCAGUUGCUCUCGCCGCUCUUAGUAGCCAGAACCCUGGUGUUAUUACCAUUGGUAAUGCUGUGUUUGGAUCAAAGCCUGACAUCUCAACUGAUAUUCUUUCAAAGGCUUUCCAAACUGAUAAAUCCAUCAUCGCUGGAAUUCAAGCCAAGUUCUAGAGAUGGGUUUAGUUUUAUAACUAUUACUUUUUUAUGUUUUGAGUCUGUGGUGUUGUGUAUGUGAUGAAAUCUUUGAUUCUUUAUUUGUUUGGAUGUACUGUGUGUUUCUUUAAUUUUGAUUGUAUUCGUUUUGAGAACUGUCGUUGAUUAUUUGUUUAAUAAUCAGCUGUAAUAAUUUCUUUAAUUAGUUUAAAUUGGAAGUGUCUUUAUCGAUCGAUCUUAAUAUACAUUUUUACUUUUCAA